CAUAAAUAGCCUCAUUGUCAGCGGCUGAAUCCACACACAACCUUUUUCAAUUCAUUCAUUCAUUCAUUUUCUUUGUUUCUCUCUGCUUCGUCUUUUCACAAUUCAAAAUGACUAUCCUCAUUGAGCAACCUCAUCUUGAGUCAAACUACUUUGGUGAGAAGAAUUUGCAUUCUGACAAUAACAAUAAUAAUGAGUUUGUAUUGGAUGGUGGAUUUCCGCUGCCAAAAUCUGUGUCACAGAAUGGAUUUAUGGCCCCAGAAAUCAACGCGUUUGGUCACUCUUUCAGAGAUUAUGAUGCAGAAAGCGAGAGGCAAAAAGGGGUUGAGGAGUUUUAUAGGCUUCAGCACAUUCACCAGACAUAUGACUUUGUGAAGAGAAUGAGGGAGGAGUAUGGGAAAUUGGACAAAGCAGAGAUGGGGAUAUGGGAAUGUUGUGAGUUGCUGAAUGAAGUGGUGGAUGAAAGUGAUCCUGAUUUGGAUGAACCUCAAAUUGAGCAUUUGUUACAAUCGGCUGAAGCUAUCAGAAAAGACUAUCCUAAUGAAGACUGGUUGCACUUGACUGCCCUUAUUCAUGAUCUUGGAAAGAUCCUUCUCCUUCGUCAAUUUGGUGAGCUUCCUCAAUGGGCUGUCGUUGGAGAUACAUUUCCUCUUGGCUGUGCUUUUGAUGAAGUAAAUGUGCACCAUAAGUAUUUCAAGGACAACCCAGAUUACAAUAAUCCUUCUUAUAACACCAAAAAUGGCGUCUACACUGAAGGUUGUGGACUUGAUAACGUAGUCAUGUCAUGGGGACAUGAUGAUUAUAUGUACUUGGUUGCUAGAGAAAAUGGAACCACUUUGCCUCAAGCAGCUUUGUGUGUUAUCAGAUAUCAUUCUUUCUAUCCUUUACAUAACAAAGGUGCAUACACACAAUUGAUGAAUGAAGAAGACGUUGAGAAUCUGAAGUGGGUCAAAAUAUUCAACAAAUAUGAUCUGUACAGUAAGAGCAAAGUUCGUGUGGAUGUGGAGAAAGUGAAGCCAUACUAUCAAUCUCUCAUUGAAAAAUAUUUCCCAGCGAAGCUAAGAUGGUGAAACUUGAUGUUGAAGAUGAAGCUUAGACGGAGAGACACGUGAAAAGUGAUGGAAAUGAAAGCAGGGGAUCAAAUAGUCAAGUUCUUAAUGAUAUGAGAUCUGAAAAUUGCUGUCCUUUUUCUAUUCUUUUCUUUCGGGCCGUAUGGGUCUUUUUAAAUUUGAUGUAAUAAAUAAAUUAUAAUGUGGUCCGAAGAACAUAUUAUUUUGUCUUAAA